GUUUAUUUUCCGUCGUUUCAAUUCCUCAAUAGCGGCACUCUCUUGACCUGAUUCCCAAAAAACUUAGCGACUACCGUUAAAAAUAAUACGUUGCACACACGAUGAGCUCCAAGAGGAAAUUUUCUGAGUUCAGGGCCGACUCGCAAGAUGGCCCUCACGAGCGCAUUCCAGGAAGCCAUGCGCCGAAGUUCAAUAAUAAAAAGCCGAAAAAGAACAAGAUAAAGCCAGAUAACAUAAAUUGGCUUAAGAAACGAGUGCGAACGAUUGAAAGACGCUUCAAGAUAGGCCAGAAUAUGCCUGCAAACGUCAAGAAUGAUUUAGAGAGGGAGCUUGCCCAUCACCAACAGAAAAUCGCCGAGGCUGUGGAUGAAAAAAAGAGGAAGACGAUGAUUGCAAAAUACCACAUGGUUCGCUUCUUUGAGAGAAAGAAAGCGGACCGGCUCGCGAAACGAAUCAAAACUCAACUAACGACGGCCGAAGAUCCCAAAGAGAUUGAGAAGUUAAAAGCAGACCUUCAUAAAGCAGAAGUCGACAGUAUCUACACCCGAUUUUUCCCUUACAGGGAGCGUUACAUUAGCCUGUACCCAGUCGGGGAGAAGGCGGAGGAUGCAAGUACGGCAGCACAGGCUCUACAUAGCGAACGGCCACCGUUAUGGGAGGUUAUAGAAAAGGCAGCAGAGAUAGGGACCCAAGCAUUAAUCGAAAUCAGGGAACGCAAACUAGAGACAGAUGCGAAAGGCAAAACACACAAUGAAUCUUUGAAGGACUCUGCCCCAGCAAAAGCCAAUCGUUCUAGGACAAAGAGCUCAGAUGCGUCUAAUCCUAUGGGUGCCCAAAUAGGCAAGAAUAGGGCCGAGAGACGUAAAAUAUCUAAAGCUCUGAAUUUGAGCGACAAUGAAAGCGAAGGUGGAUUCUUUGAAUGAGGAUAGGAGUAGUAGUAAGACGGAUUAUGAUACCCAAGUACGAGGUGGCGGAUCAAUAUACUGCUAUAAUAGACAUAGUACUAUAGACUUAUCGCAUCCAUAUCGUAAGUUUACCUAAUAUGAAAUCUAUGACCAUGUUAUUGUUCAUAUAAAUAAAUACUAGCAUUGAAAUCUAGG